AAAAAGAAGUAGCAAGUGUGACAGAGGGAAUUUUGUAUUGUACGAUAUCUGUGGAGAAUAUGAAAAUUUAUUGAAGGCGUAUUUUGCUUCCAUAAAUUUAAAAAUUAAGAUCUUUUUCUAAAAAUUCCUGGGCAAUCCGUAAUUUAAAAAAGUGAGCUGUCUAAAAGAUUAUAUUUUGAAUUUUUAUCAGCAGGUCGAUUUGCUGAUGGUAGGAUCCAGUGAAAUUACUUACUGACUGGAAACUUCAGUUAAUGUAAACUUAAAAAGGCUGUUUUCAGAGGGAGCAGUAUGAUCCUUAAACACUUUUCAGCUCUGAAACUAAGUAUUCAAGAAAGUUAUUUUUAUAGAGCUGCGAGUUUUAAGGCUCUGAAAUAUGACUUACAGGAGGAGGACGUUAUAGAAAAUGCAAAAACACGGUCAGCUGAAGCUGCCCAUGCUUUGAAGGUUUUAUCAGAAUAUGCCAGAGCUGGAGGAGGUCCAAGAGGAAUACAUAGACAUACGGUUGUUAAUAAAAAAUUAUUAGUUCGUGAUCGCCUGAAAUUGCUAUUUGAUCCAGAUUCUCCCUUUCUGGAAAUUGGUCUUUUUGCUGGGAUGUCUAUGGAUUACGGCCAUAUACCAGCUGCUGGCAGUGUUGCAGGUAUUGGCAAAAUUCAUGGUCAUUUUUGUAUUGUUGGGGCAAAUGAUGCCACUGUUAAAGGAGGUGCAUUCUUUCCCAUUUCAAUCGUAAAACAAAUUAGAGUUCAGCAACUGUCCUACCUCAAUAGAUUGCCAUGCAUAUAUUUGGUAGAUAGUGCAGGAGCUUAUUUACCACUGCAGGCUGAUAUAUUUCCAGAUAAAGAACAUGGAGGAAGAACCUUUUACAAUGAAGCUGUUCUUUCAUCCUUAGGCAUUCCACAAAUUGCAGUUGUUUGUGGAAGUUCAACUGCUGGAGGAGCAUAUUGCCCAACUAUGGCAGAAGAAGCUAUAAUUGUGAAAAAAUCUGGUGUAGUGUUUCUUGGUGGUCCACCAUUAGUAAAAGCUGCCACUGGAGAAAUAGUUUCUGAGCAAGAUCUUGGUGGAGCUGAUAUGCAUUGCAGUAUAAGCGGCUGCACGGAUUAUUAUGCUGAGGAUGAAGAAGAGGCCUUUAUGAUGUGUAGAGAAUCAGUACUGACUCUGAAUUUGCCACAGUGCUCACAGAUAACCUAUCAAGAGCCAUUAUAUUCAUCUAAAGAUUUAACUAUUAUCUCUGGAAAAGAAACUUUGUGUAGAGAAGAUAUGUAUGUGAUUUUAUCUAGAAUUUUAGAUGGAAGUAUGUUUAAAGAAUUCAAAGCAAAAUUUGGCAUCAAUUUAAUAACUGGAUUUGGCUAUAUACAUGGGAUGCUUGUUGGUAUUCUUGCAAACUGCAAUGCUUUGACAUUUGAAGAUGCACAGAAAGGAACACAUAUGAUACAACUCUGUGAAAAACGAAACAUACCACUGAUCUUUUUGCAAAAUUCAGGGUGUUUUAAAGAUGGCAAUCAUUCACAUGCUAUUUCUCAUGAUUCUCUUCUCAAAGACAGAGCUAAGAUGGUUGCAGCCCAUUCUUCUGCAGCAGUUCCUAAGAUAACUCUUUGUAUUAAUGGCUGUUUUGAGGAUGACAAUUUUACAAUGUGUGGCUGGCCAUUUUCUCCUAAUUUCUUUUUUGCAUGGCCUUUAGCUCAUAUUUCUUCAUCUAGAAAGACUGUUGAAAAAGCUGUAGCAACUGAAAACAACAUUUUAAAAGAGUUAAGCUCAACAGAAAACAUGAAUGAGUUCGAAACACUGUUUGAGAAUCAUACAAGUGCUUUUUAUCAUGCUUCAGUUAUGAAAUCUGAUGGAAUUAUCUCUCCCCAAGAUACAAGAGAAGUUUUAGCUCUGUGUCUGAAAAUAGUUCCCAACUCAAACAAUUCAUCACUGGCAAAACAUUUACCAGUAUUUCGUAUGUGAAAUUAUUUUCUAAUGUAUACAGGAAUUAUUGCACCAGUUAUCUGUUAAACUGGCACAUUACACACUUUAAUAAAUUUUACAAAUCCA